AUGGGACCCCUGGGGAGCAUGCUGAGCAGUGGGCAAGUGCAGGUGGUCCUGUGGGGCAGUUUGGCAACUGUCGCCACUUUCUUCCUCAUCAGCUUCCUCGUUUUUCUGUGCUCCAGUUGUGACAGAGAGAAGAAGCCGAGGCAGCAGAGUGGGGACCAUGAGAACCUGAUGAACGUGCCUUCCGACAAGGAGAUGUUCAGCCAUUCGGUAACUAGCCUGGCCACAGACGCACCUGCCGGCAGUGAGCACAAUGGGAUCCUCACCAAUGGCGACAUUCUUUCAGAAGACAGUACUGUGACCUGCAUGCAACAUUAUGAGGAGGUCCAGACCUCAGCUUCGGAUCUGCUGGACUCCCAGGACAGCACGGGGAAGCCAAAAUGUCAUCAGAGCCGGGAACUGCCCAGAAUUCCCCCUGACACCGCAGUGGACACGAUCCUCAACGCGAGGAGCGUGGACGGGGUCCAGGGCCUGGGGACAGAAGGGCCGUAUGAAGUGCUCAAGGAUAGUUCCUCCCAAGAAAAUAUGGUGGAAGACUGCUUGUAUGAAACUGUGAAAGAAAUCAGGGAGGUGGCAGCAGCCGUGAACCCAGGGAGGGGCCACAGCAGCAGGUCAAAGUCGACUUCUGCUCUGAAAGAGCUUCCCGGGCCCCAAGCCCCCCAAGUGGACUUCGCUGAAUAUGCAUCAGUGGACAGAAACAAAAAGUGUCGACAGAGCGUUAAUGCAGAGACUGUUCUUGGAAAUUCUUGCGAUCUGGAAGAGGAAGCCCCACCACCUGUCCCCGUUAAACUUCUGGAUGAAAAUGAAAACCUUCAGGAGAAGGAAGAGAGCCAGAGAGCAGAGGAAGGAGCCACAGAGGGGACCAGCGAAACCAACAAGAGAUUUAGUUCAUUGUCGUACAAGUCCCGGGAAGAAGACCCAACUCUCACAGAGGAAGAGAUCUCAGCCAUGUAUUCAUCAGUAAAUAAACCUGGACAGUCAGGGAGUAAAUCAGGACAGUCUCUCAAAGCUCCAGAGUCCAGCUACACCUCCAUCCAAAGAGCCACUCAGAGAUCCCCCUCUUCCUGUAAUGAUCUCUACGCUACUGUUAAAGACUUGGAGAAAAGUCCAAACAGCGUCAGCACACUUCCACCAGCAGUAAGACCCAGUGAGGAGCCCGAGCCCGAUUACGAAGCAAUACAAACUCUAAACAGAGAGGAAGACAAGGCCACCCCAGAGACCCACGGCCAACGUGGCCUUUUCCCAAAAGAGAAUGACUAUGAGAGCAUUGGGGACUUGCAGCAAUGCAGAGAUAUCACCAGGCUCUAGCAACCCAGAAGACAAGCCCA